AUGAAUACGAGAAUACACAAUACGACGCCGAUCACAGAAGACGAUCCGUGGUGGAGGGCGUUCUCAGCAGCGCUGGCUGAAGAGAAUUGUCCAGUGAAAACUGAAAUAUUUUUGGGUUCAACAGAUUCCAGAUAUCUGAGACAGGUGAAUUUUUUAAAUUUUGAAGUAAUUUUUUAA